AUGAGUCUCAGUUUCAUCAACUCAAUUUUCCGAAGGCUGUUCUCAAGGGAGCCUCUGAUGUUCUACGCUGCCACGUGGACGACGAUUCUGACUUUGACAGUGGCCGUGGCAUCGUUCUGGCCGGAGUUUGCUUUCGUUUCUGCUAUUAGUCCAACUUCUUCCUUUUCUCAGGCGUGUCAUAGAGAAGGGUAUUUGAGAUUACCACUGGAUAUUCCGGGGGAAAAUCUUUGUUUUCCGGUUCAGCUUUUCAGUAGAUCCAAAAUGGAUGUCGUGGUUCCACCGGUUUUUGCAGCCGUGAUUGUCACCAGCACGGCUUAUGCGGUCAGAGCUUUGGGCUUGUGGGAGGGGGACGAUGAUCAACUAUUGUAA